AUGGGUUGUCUUCAACACAAGAACUUGGUUCAAAUGCGAGGUUGGUGUCAAAAGGGCAACGAAUUGAUACUUGUGUACGAUUAUAUGCCGAAUGGUAGCCUGAAUCAAUGGAUAUUCGACAAACCCAAGACGCUUUUGGGUUGGGAUGAUCGGAGAAAAAUCCUCGCCGACGUUACAAAGGGCUUGAACCAUCUCCACCAUGGUUGGGACCAAGUGGUGAUUCACAGAGACAUUAAGUCGAGCAACAUUUUGUUGGGGCCUGACAUGAGAGGUCGAUUGGGAGAUUUUGGUCUAGCGAAGUUGUAUAGGCAAGGGGAGGUGCUGAACACGACGAGAGUGGUGGGGACUUUGGGAUAUUUGGCGCCGGAGCAAAAAUAUACAGAUUUUUGCCCUAAAGGAUGA